GAUAUCUGCAUAUGCAUGUAUUCCACAUUGUGAAUCUGAGCAAUCUGCUAUGGAAAACAAGCUGAACCAUAUUAGUUGUAAGUAAGCUACCUUUCUCAUUAAUUUUAUCAAAAAUAGACAAAAUACAUAGUUUAGGAUCCAAGAUCAUUUUUACCUACAAGUGUAGUAUACUUGUUUCCAAAAUUUCUGAACUUCAGCAUAGCUCUACCGCAUAUGCCAAUAAGACCCCUGCUCCCUGCAAGCACAAAGGGGAUCCUGAUAUUUUACCCAUAUUCCAGAUGUACUGGGGUAAAAUACCACCGAUAAAUGACUUCCAAAGAGUUAUCCCUUAUGCUGGUGGAAAUCAAUUUUUCAUUGCCCAUCAGCAAAUCAUUUUGCUUCUUUUUUCAUUCUCUGGUCUCCUCUCUGAAACAGCAUAGCUAAAGCAGCGACAAUGAACCUGAGGCACUCCAGAUAUUCUUGGACUCCAACUCCCAUCAACCCCAGCCAGACAUGAUGGGAGUUGUAGUCCACAUUGGCCACCUAUGGUUUCAGGUUUUAGCUUCUGAGCCAGUUCUACCAGAUGCAUACCUGCCUAUCAGGCAGGAAUAUUGUUGAGAUGCCAGGGGAAGAGAUAGGUACACACAGUUCUGUUAAAAGAAUAAACUUUAACACUGUGGAAACAACCAGGGGGGCUUUCCUGAUAAAUGAGUAACUAAAUGUCCUGAGUAAAUCACAAGCAGUUGGGAUAAUACAAGCUUGCAGGAACUACUCGAGAUGGGAUAUAAGAAUUGGAUUUUCCCUUUUACAUUGGCUAUAUUGGGAGACUGUCUUGCAGAAGGCAGGCUUUGUGACUUACCGAGCAUAAAAAAUGGAAAUAUUGCCCCAUAUUACUAUAGUUUUAAAAACUAUUACUUUCCAAUGAAGCAAGAUGAAAAGCUUUCCUAUUUCUGUUUGCCUGGCUACACCACAGAAAGUGGAAGUCAAAAUGGAAAGAUCAACUGCACAAUGAGAGGCUGGGCCCCAGUCCCUAAAUGCUACCAGAAAUGUACCAAACCCGCCUUGGAGAAUGGUGUUUUCUCGGAUACAAAAAUGUCCUACAAAAUCUGGGAGAGACUGCAAUACAGUUGUAAUUCAGGUUAUCAGAUUCCUGGAGGUCUCAGGGAUAAAACUAUACAGUGUCUUGAAGGUGGAUGGUCAGCUCAACCACAGUGUACAGAAACAACAGAGAUGUGCUCAGCACCAGACCUGGUGCAUGGCCGCUACCACACAGCCCAGAGAACGUUCAGCCGGAAGGAAAAGCUCAAAUAUGAAUGUGAUGACGGAUAUCGCACGGCAGGAGGCCACACAAUGGAAGAAGCACAUUGUGAACCUCAAGGCUGGUCCCUGACUCCCAAAUGCACCAAAUUGGGAUGUUCGGCACUGAGUCCUGUCGAACACGGAGGUGUUGAUCCCAACAAGGGAAGCUACGAAGAAGGAAAUGUGGUUCAGUUCUUCUGCUUGGAAGGCUAUUCAUUAAAGGGGUCAGAAUUAAUUCAGUGCUAUUACUUUGGCUGGUACCCAGAACCUCCAGUUUGUGAAGAAAGAAGAAACAAGUGUCCUCCACCACCUCAGCCUCCUCAUGCCAAUGUGCUAACUAGUUUAAGAACGUUCCACCACGGAGACACAUUGCGUUUGGAGUGUGAGCAUCCCUUUCAGAUUGCAGGAGACGAAGAAAUCCGAUGUGAGAAUGGCGGGUGGACUUCGCCUCCCAAAUGCGUCGAUGUUGGCAGGACAGGAAGCACAGAAGGUCAUCACGGCUUACAAACUGAAGGGAGCUGCAGUUCCUUACCCAUAGUUGAAAACAGUUUUAUUUUUAAUAACAUCAAUCCUUCACUGGCAAGCUACAAAACUGGUUCUGUAGUGGAAUACAGAUGUAAACCCUUCCAUCUGAUAGAAGGACCUAACACAAUUCGCUGUGUCCAAGGAAACUGGACAACCCCCCCAGUUUGUUUAGAACCAUGUUUGGUCAAUGAAGAAAACAUCAGAAAUCAUAACGUAGCAAUGAAAUGGAACCUGGAAGAAGAAUUAUAUUUCCUACACGGAGACAUUAUUGAAUUGGUGUGCAAGCCAGGAUACGUUCUGCCUCCGUCGACUGGCGAUGCUCAGUUGCUGGCGCAGUGCAAUCGGGGACAAUUAAAAUAUCCCAAAUGUGUUUCAAAAGACCCAGACGAAAACUGUGGCUUUCCACCUUCCAUAAAAAAUGGAGUCGUCAUGGGCUUGUUGACAGCGGACUAUGCUCAUGGUUCAUCAGUUGAAUAUAGUUGCCAUGAAUACCAUUUUUUGCAAGGUUCGAGGAAAGUGUCCUGUUCCAUGGGCCAUUGGACUACCCCGCCAAUUUGCAUAGAGCCGUGCACCUUAUCAGCAGAAGAGAUGGCAAAGAAUCACUUGGAUCUAAGAUGGAGUUUUGACAAUCGACCGUAUUUCCUCCAUGGAGAAUUUGUUGAGUUUGUGUGCAAAGCGUACUACUUCAGCUCACCUUCAAGUUCAGCAUCUGAUUUUAGAGCACAGUGUCAGAAUGGACAACUGUUGUAUCCACAAUGUGUACGGAUUAGGGGGUAAAAGAGAGCUGAAUAAAUAAUGUUUGGUUGGCUCGUGGACUCUUUCCCAUGUUGCAAGCUAAUUGCCCAUAUGAACUUUGUAUAUCUGCUGUAUAUUUGCACAAGACUAAUCGAGAUAGCUGCUGAUCUCAACUUAGAACAUCAUUUGGAUACUUUCAUAAGACACCUAUAAUUUUAUCAGGACAAGUUACUUCUUGUUUAUUGUUGUAACAAUUGUUUUCUCAAAAUUGAUCUUCUGUACCAUAAGAAUAAAUAAAAACAGUAUUA